GGAAAUCUACAAGAAUUAAAAACACCACAGCGUCAAUAAAAAGAGAAGAACAAGUCUCUCCCCUUUCUCUCUAUCGGACUGGAAAACCCUAAACACCGGACCCCGAAAGCAAUUUGAUUCAUCGGUGCGUGAGUGAUGGAUAUCGAGCAGAAGCAGGUGGAUAUAAUUGAGCAGCUCGUUCACCGAGCUUCUUCAUGCAAAGUCGAGGCCCUGGUGCCACUCAUAAUCGAAGCUACGUCGCAUCCUUCUCUAUUCGCCUUCUCCGAGAUUUUGGCUCUACCCAAUGUUGCUCAGCUUGAAGGAACCACAAAUUCCGUCUACUUGGAUGUUCUACGGCUGUUUGCCCAUGGCACCUGGGGUGACUACAAAUGCAAUGCUAGCCGUAUUCCUCAGUUAUCUCCUGACCAAAUUCUAAAGCUGAAGCAGCUCACUGUGCUUACCCUUGCGGAGUCAAACAAGGUAUUGCCCUAUGAUACUCUGAUGGUCGAGUUAGAUGUCACCAAUGUCCGUGAACUCGAGGAUUUUCUUAUCAAUGAGUGCAUGUACGCGGGUAUAGUUAGAGGAAAACUGGAUCAGUUGAAAAGAUGUUUCGAGGUUCUAUUCGCAGCUGGUAGGGAUCUAAGGCCAGGACAACUAGGGAAUAUGUUACACACAAUGUCAACCUGGUUGAACACAUCAGAAAAUCUGCUCGUUUCAAUUCAAGACAAGAUAAAAUGGGCGGACAAUAUGAGUGAGAUGGACAAAAAGCAUCGUAAGGAGGCAGAAGAAGUGGUGGAAGAAGUGAAAAAGUCUCUGUCCAUGAAGGGGGAUAUUGACAGCAGAGGGCAUAAAGAGAUGUUCGGGGAACCAAGUGGAGUGAUGGACUACGAAGAAGAUGGAAUCCGACCAAAGAGGAGGAGGCAUCCGGUGCUAAGGUAGAGAGAGGAGAAGGGUUUUGUAAUGUUGGUGACGGACAAACCAUUUACCAUUUACCAUUUACCAUUUACCGAGAGUAGAUUUAAUGAUGAUGAUUUUGGGGAAACUUACCUAAUGUAAGCCCACUUUUGCUUCUCGUAGCGGAUAUUUUUGUUAUUUGUGGCCUUUUAUUUCAACUUGUAUAAACUCCUCUCUCAGUUCUCUCUCUCUUUCUCUCUCUUUUUCUCUCUCUUUCUCUC